UCAUUUUGCUUCUAAAAGUAGAUUCCAUUUGAAAAAUUAGUGAGUAAAAAUGUAAUUAUGAUGUUUCCAUAGAGGGUAAGGAUGGAAAGUAGAGGUAAAAAUUGAUGUGAAUGUAUAAUGAUGAUGUCUUUUUAAUAAGUUGGAAUUACGAAGCAGAACACUUAAAAAGAAACGGAGGGAGUAUCUUUUAUUAAGAUAAUUAAUUUAAUAGUUAGACAUCUAUGAUAUCCACAUUCUCACAUGGCUAAAUAUUUAAUCUCUUUUUUUCUCCCGCAGGGUCUGGACUUAGUCUGCUCAUUUGGAUGGCCACGAUGAUAGGUAAGAGUAAGACCUUACACUUCCUAUGAGCCUGUCUACGAUGAACCACAGUAAGUACAUGUUUUAAUAGCCCGAAAACAACCCAAAAUAAAUGAACCAAAUGGAUGGAGUACAUGAAAGGUCAAAUGAAAUGUGACAUACAAAUAGUAUAUGAAUAAGUACGUGUGUGUGCAUAUUUCUGUUUGAAGAACGAUCCCGUGCAAAUAAAUAUAAUUCCAAGAAAGCAAAGUUUUGGUAUUGCUACGUAAUUUUCCAUGACUGAAUAACACAGGAGCGGUCUUCGCAGCAAGGGUUCUAUGUGUACCAUGUGUGUUUUGGUUUUUAGUCAUCAAGUUCAGAACAAGACAUUUAUCCACAUUUGAUAGCAUAGAAGGUUUCUUACGAAGUCAAAAUAACCUCGCGCCCAUAAGGUACUCUUACUCGGACAUCAAGAGGAUGACCAAUGGGUUUAGGGACAAGUUGGGGGACGGAGGCUAUGGGUCUGUAUACAAAGGAAAGCUCCGAAGCGGCCCUCCUGUAGCAGUUAAAAUGUUAAGCAAGCCCAAAGCUAAUGGACAAGAAUUCAUCAACGAAGUUGCUACCAUUGGAAGGAUUCAUCAUGUCAAUGUUGUUCAGCUAAUUGGAUAUUGUGCCGAGAGGUCUAAGCGUGCUCUUGUGUAUGAUUUCAUGCCUAAUGGGUCUCUUGAGAAGUUCAUCUCUUCUCCAGAUGCCAAAUUGUCCUUGAGUUGUAAGCAAAUGUACGAGAUUUCUCUAGGCGUGGCUCGAGGCGUUGGAUACUUGCAUCAAGGUUGUGACAUGCAAAUCCUACAUUUUGAUAUAAAGCCUCAUAACAUUCUCCUUGAUGAGAAUUUCACGCCAAAAGUUUCCGAUUUUGGGCUUGCGAAAUUGUAUCCGACAGAUGAGAGCACUAUAACAAUGACUGCAGCUAGAGGAACCUUGGGUUACAUGGCUCCUGAGUUGUUCAACAAAAAUAUUGGGGGCGUUUCCUAUAAAGCUGACAUUUAUAGUUUCGGAAUGUUGUUAAUGGAACUAGCAGGCAGGAGAAGAAAUUGGAAUUCAUCAGCUAAUUCAAGCCAAGUUUUCUUCCCUUCAUGGGUUUAUGAUCAAUUCGCGGAAGGAAAGAACCUGCAAAUUGGAGAGACUACCGAGGAGGAGAGCGAGAUGGUAAAGAAGAUGAUGCUAGUUGCUUUAUGGUGUAUACAAAUGAGGCCUAGUGACCGUCCGUCCAUGAACAAAGUUGUUGAGAUGCUUGAAGGAAAUUUCGAAUUGCUUCACACGCCUUCGAAGCCUUUUUUGUAUUCGCAAGCUAUGCCGGCUGAGAAUGAUGGAAUGAACAUAAUGUUGCCCAAUCUGUCAGGUGCUUGUUCGGAUGCUAUGACUAGUGAGAUGACUGGGCGCUAACUCUCAAGACUAAAUAUCCUAGUUUGAGGGUUUAUGCUGAUUCUAUAUGAUUUUGAUUGAUGGUGUUAAAAGACAAGACUAUCAGUUUAAUGUCAUGUGCUAUUCUGGGUGUGUUAGCAUUAAUUUGUAGGCGACUGCUUAAGCAAACCUUGUACCUUGGUUAUGAAUCAAACAAGGGGAACAAUUACAUUGUCUAUGUUAAAGUUAUAUCGAGAUAUUGUUUGUACUGGGAUCA